UGGGCGUAAACGUAAUUAUAUGAUUUAUUUCUAAGAAUUGCAAAGUUUAGUGGUUGGAAUAACAAAAAUAUAAAUCAGUUUAUACAUAAGCGUACGCAUAUAACGGAGGACUUGUGCAUAUGGAAUAGAGAUGUACUAAAGUCAUAAGCAAGGGAAUCCAAUUUAGUCAGAAAUCCAGCUUAAGCAGAAUAUUACAUCAUGGCAAGACCAUCGUUUUAUCAUAUUGUACCAUUGCUAUGCUUCCUUGCUGUGAUGACUUCAGCUAGCUCGAAUCAAACAGCCGAUUUAACAACCACAGAAACAGCAGCCUCGAAUCUUACAGCCGAUAUAACAACCACAGAAACAGCAGCCUCGAAUCAAACAGCCGAUUUAACAACCACAGAAACAGCAGCCUCGAAUCAAACAGCCGAUUUAACAACCACAGAAACAGCAGCCUCGAAUCUAACAGCCGAUAUAACAACCACAGAAAAAGCAGCCUCGAAUCAAACAGCCGAUAUAACAACCACAGAAAGAGUAGCCUCGAAUCAAACAGCCGAUAUGACAACCACAAAACCAGCAGCUUCUAAUCAAACAGCCGAAAUAGCAACCACGGAAGCAACAGCAUCAACAGCAGCCUCGAAUCAAACAGCCGUAAUAGCAACCACGGAAGCAGCACCCGUAACCACGACAGCACCACCUCCACCAAGUAGAUGUCCUAUACUUAAGCCUGGUAGUGAAAUAAAAAUGUCAGCGUUGACGAUUAAAAUGAGAGAGGUAACUUUUUAUCGAGAACUCCUUAAUACAACUUCGGAAAUGUUCAAAACAUUAGCUGAAGAAGUGAAGACGUUUCUCCUGGAUACAAAUCACGGAAAUGGAGGUUUGAAUAGCACAGGCAGUCUUCGUCGAUGUGACAUUACAAACUUCAGGAAUGGUAGUGUAAUAGCUGUAUUUGAUCUGGUAUAUGACGCAUUGUCUGAACUCAGCAAACCAAAUGCUACCCGAGGCUUCAGAGAUCGUCUUGCUGAAACCAUUCAAUCAAUGGGAAAUAAGACAUUUAAGACUAGCAUCACUGGAACGCCGAAUGAUCUCACGAUUGACUCGAUGUAUCUUCAAGAGACAACAUUAAAGCAAAUCAGCAAUGUCAGUAUGUGUAACAACCGAGGAAACUUCGUCCGAUGUGACUAUGGACACAGAUGCUAUGAACAUAAUGGGGACCUUGCUUGCUUCAGCUUGUGUGCACAAACUCCUUAUGGCAAAUGGCGGCAAGGUGACUGUGAAAAUGGAAAAUGCUCUUUGGAUGGCAAUUUAACAACUGCAAUACCAGUUUGCAAGUGCAAUGAUGGUUUCUACCUGCAAGGUGGUGAAUGCAAGUCAUACGUCCAAAUAGUUGCCAUCGUUGGUGGAAGUUUAGGUGGAGCUGUGUUGAUAUUAAUCAUCAUUCUGAUUGUGUGCACUGCUAAGAAAAGGUCUCCCCCUGUGCCAAAAACUAUACCUGCUGAAUUGUAUGAUAUCGACAAAGUUGAUGACUCGAAACUGAAGCCAAGCAUCAAAAUGGAGGGUCACCCGUUGUCUGAACCUCCUAAACGAGAAAUGUCAGAUCCUCAAAUAAGAGAAGGACCAAAUGGAUUUUCUGAAGAACUUAGACGAGAUGAUCGCUAUAAAGAUGAACGCUACAAGGACGAGCGCAACCGAGAUGAACGCUACAGGGACGAACGCAAUCGAGAUGAACGCUACAUGGAUGAACGCAAUCGAGAUGAACGCUACAGGGAUGAUCCUCGCAAUCAAGGCCCAACACGAUCGAACGAUCCCAAAGUGUGGCCGGUAUUUUCCAGUCAACAAGAUGAAAGUAACCUCGAGAGAAGGAUUGUCUCUGACCCAGACAGGAUGCCACCAAAACGCACAGAAAGUUGGCUGAAACAGGGAGACCAACCAGUCAGGCCUCUUUCUCCUGAAGAAGAAGCACGGUUUGAUCUUGCCAGAGAAGGAGAUAGAAGGACGAUGCGAGACGAUCGAGAUAUUGGAGUUGCCAGAUACCCAGCAGACAAUUAUGGGCGUGAGGAAGCUAAGCCAGAUAGGUCAUUUUACGAUGACUACAAAUCUCCCAACAAGAGAGAUGACGAUCCAGACAGAAGGCUCUAUGAACGGGAACGGGCUGAACGGAACUUGUACGACAACAGACGCCCAUAUGAGAGAGAGAUCUCGAGGGGCUAUGACAACAGGGCUUACUCCAAUAAUGAAUAUACCAAAGAUAGCAGAGAAGACGGACAAAGCGACUUCUUCCCACGUCUUGAUGGUAUCGACACAAAUAAGGAUUAUUCUAUUAAGAGGCCAACGUUCACUUCAUCUGUUGGAAGACUGUAAACCUGAAAAGUAAUGGGAAUAUGGCACUACUUGCACAAUAACAUUGAUCAGCAUUGUCUAGGAGAUGAUGGAUUAAGAUGGAAUUUUAUUUCGGAAGACGACGCAGCAUACAUUGGAUAGUCAAAAUAAACAAAGUUGAAACUUAAAAUGCGAUUUAUUAAAAUACUAUGUUAAAUAGGAAAGGGCAGCAUUUGAAACACCAAAUAAACAUAGAGUUGACAUUUUAUGACGAAUCAUAUUUGGUUGAACUAGUGGGUGAACAGUUGGAAUGGAAGAUGAUAAUCUUUAUAUAUAUUGAGAACUUGGUGUCCAAGAGCUCCAUCAACAAUUUAACUUCUAGACCCUAAGGACAUCUGCUGUACUAUAUAUAGUAUUAUGUGCUUAUCUCGCGAGUAGUAGCAGUGAAGUCCG